GAAAUUAACUGCAUUCGAUCCUGCCUGUGUAGAGUCAACGGUUACUCGCUACGGAAACGAACGGAGACGGUGAGUGAUGAGGCCGCAGAUAGUUCUAUUCGGCGAUUCAAUAACGGCACAGUCGUUCAGAUCCGGCGGGUGGGGAUCUGCUCUCGCCGACGCUUACUCUCGCAAGGCUGAUGUUGUGGUUCGUGGCUAUGGCGGCUACAACACCAGAUGGGCUCUCUUCUUGCUCCAUCACAUUUUCCCUCUCGGAUCUUCAACUUCUCCUGUUGCUACGACGAUAUUUUUCGGUGCAAACGAUGCAGCUCUUAAAGGAAGGACGAGUGAUAGGCAGCAUGUGCCUGUUGAAGAGUACAAAGAUAACAUCAGAAAAAUGGUUCUGCAUUUAAAGAAAUGUUCACCUACCAUGCUAAUUGUGCUUGUAACUCCACCACCAGUCGAUGAAGCUGGACGGCAAAGUUAUGCAGAAUCAAUCUAUGGUGAAAAGGCUAUGAAAGAGCCUGAAAGAACAAACGAAACCACAGGAAUCUACGCACAGCAUUGUGUUGCAUUAGCUGAGGAACUCGGUCUGCGAUGUGUCAACCUUUGGUCCAAAAUGCAGGAAACCAAUGAUUGGCAGAAAAAGUACCUAAGUGAUGGACUUCAUCUCACGCCUCAAGGCAAUGGAGUAGUUUAUGAAGAAGUUUCUCGAGUGUUUAGAGAAGCUUGGCUCUCUCCUGAAGAAAUGCCGUUUGAUUUCCCUCACCAUUCGGAGAUCGACGGUGAAAACCCAUCAAAGGCUUUCCAAGAUCGUUGCUUAUAACAUCGAUCGAUCGAUCAUCCGCGAUUUCAUAUAUGAACAGAUUUCAUAUAUGAACAGAUUUCCUUUGAUUUGUUAUAUCUUUGCUUGGUUUGGUGUAAUGUGUAAUGUUGUCUUCUUCAAGACUUUAUUUGUACUUGAGACGAUACCUAACCUAAAAAAAAAUAAUAAUAAUAAUAUUACAAGUG